AUGGUGCAUGGCCCGUUCGGCCUUUUCAUAAAUAUGAAAACAUAUUUGUCCGUUUCCUUGGAAUCUCUUCCUGCAGAUGCGGCUCUCAGCGGGUUUCGGGUGUAUGUCCACCUCAGCUCCAGCGUUCACGAGCUGAACGCCACGACAGCGAACAACAGAAGAAAAGAAGCGGAAGCACAGACAAAUAACACGAGCAGUGCUCAUACUAACACAUCACAAACAGAUACAAGUACUGCAGCGACAGGGAAAGGCAAGCCCACCAAGAUGGCCAUUGAUGUGGAGGGCGGGUUCAGUGCGGAAGGCGACAUGAUUGACCCAGCGGGGAACUUUGCAUCUGUAGAGCCGACACUUUCGUAUCGCCUGUGUGUCUACACCCCAGCAAGAGAACUUUCUGCCACUGCUGCAAGGAGUCUGGCAAAUUUGUACUGCGGUGGCAGCAGCAGCAGCAAGCAGCAGCAGAAGCGCGCUGAGGGAGAUGAGGAAGCGCAAGAGCAGCAGCAUCAGCAGUGGCGCAGUGACUUGCAGCUGCUGCAGCAGCACGAGGAGCAGCUGCUGCAGCAGCUCUCGUUUUUAUCCCUAGAUGACCCAGAAGUACCUGUUGCUGUUGCUACAGCAGCGAAGCACCUCGCGGAGAUGAAGCAUGCAGUGGCCGAUCCAGCCCCUUCUGCAGCUUGGGUCGAAGAAGUCUUUCCGAGCAAGUACGCCGCCAAUUUGCCCGUCAUCGAGGACCCGCCGAAGAUUUCUCCGUCAAACUGGAAGUGUGCCGAUUGCGGCGCCUCGACCAACCUCUGGCUCAACCUCUCCGAUGGGUUUAUUGGCUGUGGCCGAAAGCUGUAUGGAGCUGGUGGGGGUUGUGCUGACGGGAGAGAGGGAGCCGCCAUCAGGCACUACAAGGAAACAGGUUCUAUUUAUCCCCUCAUUGUAAAACUAGGGACUAUUUCUCCGGACUCUGCUGACGUGUUUUCUUACGCCCCUGACGAAGACAGCACAGUCAUUGACCCGAACCUCCCAGAGCAUCUUGCCAGAUUUGGAAUUGAAACACAACAACUUCGGAAGACAGAGCGUAGCACAAACGAGUUAGCGAUAGACCUGAACUGCAAGUACGAUUGGGCUUCUCUUGCGGCCUCUGCGGCGGAGCAGCAGAAGCAGCAGCAGCAGCCGAGGGGUGCCGGCGCUGUGGGCCUGAGAAAUCUGGGCAAUACUUGCUAUGUAAAUUCCGUGCUCCAGGCUCUUUUUAGCAUUCCACGUUUUCGUGAAAAAUUUUUGUCGCUGUACGAACCUCUAAUUUGCGGCCAGGGUCUCCCGGGAGCAGCAGCAGCAGCGGGAGGCCCGGCAAAGUGUCUCUCUAUACAGCUAGGGGCCCUUGCCGUAGCCCUGCAGACACGCCGAGUUUGCAUGCAGAAGUCUCUUGGGCUGCUACUCUUGCAAAAGACGCUGCAGCAGCGAGAUGUGCAAAUUGGAGAAAAGCAGCUACUAGAUGAUCUACCAUACAUGGCUCACGACUCGGUCUCACCUUUGUCUUUGCGAGCGAUUAUUGGCUCCUUGCAUGCGGAGUUCGCUAGCAGUAGACAACAGGAUGCGGAGGAGUUCUUGUCCUUACUCUUGUCAUGGGUCAUUGAGCGAGAGGCAGGGGACAGAAGGCAACUGCAGCAGCUCAGGCGACUGCUGCAGCUGGGUGAUUGCUGUGCUGCUACUGCUGCUGCUUCUGCACUGGGGAUCACGGACGAGACCCUCAAGACCGCAGAAGAGGCUAGUGGGAGAGGCACGGUGGAUUCGCUCUUUUCCUUUGGGGUGGAGCAGCGUCUAGAGUGUCUGCAGUCCCACCAGGUGCGAUAUACCUACAGCCAACAGCAGGUGUUGGCAUUGCCAAUUCCGGUGGAUAUUCAGCAGCAGGAAGAGCAGCAGGAGCAGCAGCAAGAACAGCAGCAGCAGCGUCAGCAAAAGAGGAGAAAGGGCGCUGAAGGCACACCCACAGAAUCGGAAACCGGGGCAGACACGGGCGGCGACACGACGGAGACACAUGGGGAAUCUGAAGAGAAGGUUGUUGCUGCUGCGCCCUCUGUGCCUAUUUCGCGUUGCAUUGGAGCAGCAGCCGCUGCUGCUGUAGUUCAGGACUACCUGUCUCCUGCCACAGGCAGCAAAGGCGAUGCUGAGAAGACAUUGCGCUUGACGAACUACCCUGAGUAUUUGCUUGUCUUCCUCAAGCGCUUCUAUAUCAGCGACCGGUGGAUUCCAAAGAAGCUCAAGUGCUCAGUACAGAUUCCUGAGGAGGUUUCCUUCGAGGAGCUUCGGGCGUUUGGACUUCAGCCAGAGGAGCAAGAACUGCCCGACAAGCCGUCGUCCACGCAACAGCAGAAGCUGCAGCAGCAGAGCAGCUCAGAAGAGGCAAAAAUAGAAGGAGAAACCGCAGAAGCGGCAGAAGAUGCACAAGGUUCUGAAGUUGUCGCUACGCUGGAAUCGAUGGGCUUCUCCAGCAAUGCCGCCAAACGUGCUGUUCGGGCCACUGGGGGCGCUGCUGCUGAAAGUUGCGUGGAGUGGCUUAUGGGCCACUUGGACGACCCUGACAUAAACGACCCUCUUCCGCUUACACCACCUCCUUCCUCAGCAAGAACAUCGUGUGGCGCUGCAGGGGAAGAGCCGGAUGCAGAAGCUGUGUCUAGUUUGAUUGCUUUGGGAUUUGACGAGCGGAGUGUAAGGGCAGCAUUCUUCGCGACAAGGAGACAGCUGAGUGCAGCGGGAGGAACGCAGAAAUCAGAUGUCUUUGAUUCUGGUCGUGCUGCUGACUGGCUGUUGUCUCAAGGCCAAAAUCUUGCCGCGGCUGUGGACGAAGUGCUUCCAGCAGCAGCAGCAACUACUGCUGCUCCUGUUGCCAGAGAUGAGGAGCGCGAAACUGAGGCACGAGAGAGAGCAGAAGAGGAGGCAGCAAUAGCUGGCUUAUCCCCUUUGGAACGGUGCCGGCGAGGUCUAGGGGACGGCGCUGGAGUCUAUCGACUUUUCGCGUUUGUGUCGCACUUGGGUUCCAGCGUCUCCGGAGGUCACUACAUUUGCCAUGUGCGCAGUUCGGAAGAUCCCGGCUGCUGGCUGCAGUAUAAUGAUGAGAAGGUGCUCAGGGUGCCAACCUGCAACACUGACCAUGCCUAUCUUCUCCUUUUCAAGAGAAUAGAUGCAGAUGAAGGCCAGACAGAGACUUGA